UGAGGUGGUAAAGAAGGGUAUUGGAUGUGUUGUAAAACCAGGUUCUACAUGGUUUGACUUUGAUAAAUUAUGUCUUGAGGUUAAAGUAAACGUGCAAAAUAUACAAAACCCAUGCGAGCCUAGUUAUAUUUAA